AUGGCGCUAAAUAGAUCACCAACUCGUGAUCGACUCCUCCAGUGGGGCGUUAUCACUGAUGGCUCUUGUCUCCUCUGCAACACUUCCCCUGAAUCAAGAUCUCAUCUCUAUUUUGAGUGUAGCUUCUCAUGGACUGUCUGGCAGGACUUCCAUCAGAGACUCCAAUUCACUUCACCACGAACAUGGGAGGAAGUGAUGGAGGAACUCAUGAACUUCACAGGUUCGCGUGCUUUGAAGACUUUGCUCAUGCUUACAUGGCAAGCAACGAUCUAUGUUCUGUGGGUGGAGAGGAACUGCAGACUCCAUCGGCAAGUAUAUCGCUCUGCAAACUCUUUGUCUACUGAUAUUGAUCGAACCAUCAGAAGAAAGAUAGCGAGUAUCCGUCAAGACGCACCGCAACUCUCCUCCGACAUGCUUUGUCAAUGGUUCUCUGCUAAUCUCUCUUGA